ACCUCUUCAUUUUCUUUUCUAACCACGUCUAUUCCUUCGGUCCUAUUUUCAUAGCAAUGGCGACAACAUUUGAUGAAAAAAUUCCAUUCGAGAAGAAUGGGUUGCAACUAUAUGGACUGUUCAAGCGGGGCGACCAAGACCGCGCUCUGCCCUUAGUCGUCUUGCUUCACGGCGGUGGUACGACUGCUGCCUACUUUGACAACUCUGCUGUUUCGGUCGUGCAAAACUUCCACAGCCUCGGCCAUGACGUGCUUAAUAUUUCUCGCCCUGGUUACGCCGGUAAUGCCAUUCCCGCCUCAGAGAAACCGAUGACCGAUUCGAUUCCCGUAUUCAUCGACUUCAUCGAGAAAGUAUACACCGAGAAAUCGUCGGCAAGGCAUUGCAACGGCGGUAUUGUUCUGUUCGGCCAUUCGCUUGGUGGCGCCUUUUCAUUGUCGAUCACCGCCGAAGCUCAAGACCGACUGCCACUGUUAGGUGUUAGCGCAUUGGGUUGUGCGCCUGUGCCGGACAGGAAAAUCUUGCUCGUUGAUCCUGAUCCAGAACCAUCCAAUCCACGAUAUGUCGUCGAGACUAAUCCUGAGAAUAUCCGGAAGUUUAUGGGUGAAGUGGAAUGGUUAAACCUGGAUGCUUUGGAACCGGAGCUCGUUGCACAAGUAUUUGAGCCAGGGAUCAAAUCUGAGAUCCGAGAGUUUUCUUCUGAUGAAUUUUACGAUUACUUGGUAAAUAGAGUCUACCCAGCCAUUAGGGUUCCUGUCCAGUACCUCUGUGCUGAAUCAGAGAUCGUCUGGGGGAACGAAAAAGAAGCUCGUCCCAUCUUCGAUAACUUAGUUUCCAGGUUCACGAAUGCACCUGAAGUUGAUUCGGCUAUCCUGCCGCGUGGUGGUCACAAUUACGAGUUCUCACUGAAUGCUGGGACUCUAUGGGAAAAGAGAAAGACAUUUCUCAAGAAGUUGAUAAAUAAAGCGGCUUCAUUCAGCUCGAACGGAGCUACCACGAACAAUAUAGUCAAAGAAGGGGCGUUUACGUCUGUUCCAGUGAUAGACUAUGCUGAAGCUGCCUCACCGUCCACCAGACCAGCAUUCUUGAAGGCGCUAAAAGCAGCAAUUGUCAAUGUUGGUUUCUUCUAUCUGAAGAAUACUGGUGUUCCAGAUGAUGUGCAAAGCGAAUUUACCAAACAGUCAAUUGCAUUGUUCAAUUUGCCCUUGGAGAAGAAGCUGGAAAUAGAGAUGGUAAACAGUAAACAUUUCCUGGGCUAUGCACGCUUAGGGCAGGAAAUCACUGCAUUGAAAAAUGAUUAUAGAGAACAGUUCGAUUUUGCAACUGAACUUCCUGCUCCCGGUCCGGAGGAACCGCUUUACCGCAACCUUCGAGGUCCUAACCAGUGGCCUGACCCAAAAGCACUGCCGCAUUUCCGUGCUGCCAUAGAAAGCUACAUGGACCAUAUUGAUAAGCUCGCAGAGUCAUUCAAAUCACUCGUUGCUGAAGCACUGGAUUUGCCGCCCACCGCUUUCGACCAGUUUUUUGAUUAUCCUCAGCAGAACAAAUUGAAACUGAUAAAAUAUCCAGAACCAAUAAACAGUAAAGCAAACGAAGAUGUACAGGGAGUUGGUCCGCACAAAGACUCUUGUUUCUUAACAUUCCUCAUGCAGGGCACCCCUCAUACUGGCCUUGAGGUACAAAAUAAAGCCGGCACAUGGUUGCCUGUGAAACCCAUCCCCGGUACCCUGGUAAUCAAUAUCGGCCGCGCACUCGAGGCUAUCACCGGUGGCGUAUGUACAGCAACGACGCAUCGCGUGAACCUCCGCGCGGAGAACUAUAAGGAUGCACAGGGUAACUCACUGGGUCCGCGAUACUCAUUUGCAAUUUUUCAGGGCGUCAGCCUCGAUUUGGGCAUGGAGAAGAUUAAUAUAAGCAUUCCACAACAUAUCAAGGAUCUUGUCAAAGAUGAAAAAGUGCGGUCCGAUGCCGAGGCAACAUUCAACCAGAUGUUUAAUGGCAACAUUGGCGAAGGCACACUGAUUGCACGUAUCACCAGUCAUCAAGAUGUAGCGCAACGAUGGUAUCCGGGUUUAUUAGCUCAAGCGUUACAAGCACAGAAGGAUAAGUACCAAUGAGCACUAUAGUGAGAAUAUUUUUGUCAUGUGAAUAUAGAGACUUGUCAUCGGGUUUUGUAUAGAAGCCAACGCUCCCACAACAGUAAUCACAACAUGCAGCAAGGGAUAUCUUGUAAAACAACAAAUUUCAGAUUCGCAAAUGAAACAAGAGGCUAUAACGAAUGCGACCUUCAUACUAUAUCAUGACCUUUCUUGAUGAAGUAAUCAGCCCUCUUCUCCCUCGACCCCAAAACUGGCGACAAAACCGGCGUAAGU